UAGUCACGAGAUUCGCUGAGGUAAGGUUUUUUUUUUAUUUCGUUAUCUUAAAUAUUCCGCGACGUAUGUUAUAAAUAUUUCGACUGCGAUAAAUGAACCACUGACUGUUUCCGUUCAGUUUGAAACAAUCCAGUGAGUAGACGAUACAUACGCGCGUUCACGCAGGGGCUCCACAACGAGUAAAUAGGAUUCGAUUCUCCAUUUCUCCCUCUCGUGUUGAAAGCGACGUUAAAUACGACUUUGACUGAGCAGAACGGUGAAGCAUAAAACGACCCUCAGUCAUACAGUAGGUCACUAGGAAGUGGGCGUACGGCGUAUCCUGGCAAGUGAAAAGUGCCAUCCUUGAUUGUGUCUGAAGUGUUCUUAUCGCGCAAAAGCUUUACGGGCAAGAGAUUCUUAUCUUCUUCGCUUUGACUCGUUAUACAAUUAUUUAUCGAUUAAGGACUCUGGCGUUGGAUAUUUGAUUUCAGUCAGAUUGAAAGAAAUCAGUAGCACGACAAAAAUCUGAUCAAGAAAAUAAUCGAUUUUUCUCAUCUUGAUUAGACUUCGGCUGCAAAGCGCAGCAGUAAUAAUCGGUUCAGCUGAUUUGAAGGGCAAACAAUAACAAACCAGUGAAAGAAUUCGUUCAGGCUAGUGAUAAAAAUGCAUCACCUUAGAAGCCGAUGUAACACCACAGUGCAACUUUUCACAUCCAACUUUCAAUUAGGGGUACGAGCUACGGUGGCAGUCAGCAAAAGCAGUAACAAUUUUUCCACCCUCACCCUCGAUGCUCAACACGUCCCAGCAUGGAAUCACCAUCAGUGGAGCAAAUACCCCCGAGAAAAGUACAAUCAGAGAAUUCUGAGUAACUCUAGUCCCAUAGCGUUGAAUCUCUACAGCGAUGCUCAUCGUCGAAAUAUUCACGAUUCUGCGGUGAUUCAAGUACCUGUUUUACCAAAUAAAAUCUACAGUAAACGAGCAGCUUUCUACAAAGACUAUGCAAACGAUGGAUACAAUCAUUCACCUGACUUUCAAUGUAGGAGACGUUUUUCGAUGGUCUUGAUACAACGUGAUGCCGACAAAAAACAUGCUGAGGACCUGCUGUUCGAUAUGUUCAAGAACGAAGACACGGGACUUCUCAACAUUGGCAAGUUCUUGGCGGCUCUUCGUACGACUGGAAUUCGCAGAAAUGAUCCCCGGAUCGGUGAGAUGAUGGAAAAUCUCAAGAAGGUGCACAAGUUGAACAACUACGACGGUGGAUCUCCACUGACACAGAAUCUCAACGCGGAAACGUUCAAAGCAGUGAUUGCGCCAAACAUCGUCCUCAUAGCUCGAGCCUUCCGACAUCAGUUUGUGAUUCCGGACUUUCAGGGGUUUACCAAAGACAUCGAGGAAAUUUAUUGGAAGUGUAAAAGUAACACGGACGGGAAAGUUGCUAGCUAUAUACCGCAGUUGGCUCGUGUGAAUCCUGAUUAUUGGGGCGUAAGUAUUUGUACGGUAGAUGGACAACGAUUUUCCAUGGGAGAUUCGAAUGUGGGGUUUACUCUGCAAAGUUGCAGUAAACCGUUGACUUACGCUAUUGCUUUGGAAAAGCUUGGAUCGGAUGUUGUACAUCAGUAUGUAGGCCAAGAGCCCAGUGGGCGGAACUUCAACGAAUUGGUGUUAGAUUACAAUAAAAAGCCUCACAAUCCCAUGAUCAAUGCCGGGUCCAUUCUAACAUGUUCGUUGCUGAAGACUCUGGUACAUCCAGAGAUGACCCUAGCUGAAAAGUUUGACUACACCCAACAUUGGUUCAGCCGCAUGGCUGGAAAUGAACCUUUGGGAUUCAACAACGCAGUAUUCCUGUCCGAAAGAGAGGCCGCCGAUCGGAAUUACGCACUUGGUUUCUACAUGCGAGAACAUAAAUGUUAUCCUGACAAAGCUAAUCUCCGCGAAUGUAUGGAUUUUUACUUCCAAUGCUGCUCAAUGGAAGCUACGUGUGAAACACUUUCUAUAAUGGCUGCUACGUUAGCAAAUGGAGGAAUUUGUCCGUUAACGGAAGAAAAAGUGUUGCAGUCAGAAAACGUGAGAGACGUCCUGUCGUUGAUGCAUUCAUGUGGAAUGUACGACUUUUCCGGUCAGUUCGCCUUCAAGGUUGGACUUCCAGCUAAAUCUGGCGUCUGCGGAGGUGUCAUGCUAGUUAUUCCGAAUGUCAUGGGAAUUUUCAUGUGGUCUCCACCGUUGGAUCCACUCGGUAACAGCUGUCGGGGUGUGCAGUUCUGUGAAGAGUUGGUGAACAUUUUCAACUUUCAUUUGUACGAUAAUUUGAAACAUGGGUCCAACAAAAAGGAUCCACGUCGUCAUCGGUACGAAACAAAAGGCUUAUCCGUCGUGAAUUUGCUAUUUUCUGCAGCUAGCGGAGAUGUUACCGCUCUGAGAAGGCACAAGCUGUCCGGAAUGGAUAUCACCUUAUCGGAUUACGACGGCAGAACGGCGCUGCAUUUGGCAUGUUCAGAGGGUCAUUUGGAAUGUGUCAAGUUUCUACUGGAACACUGUGGUGUACCUCACAAUGCUAAGGACCGCUGGGGAAACAGCCCUAUGGAUGAGGCGGAGACUUUUGGCCACAAUGAUGUUGUCGGUUAUUUGAAGGAAUGGAACGAAAAAGUCGAACUGGCUAAAAAGACGGAUAGCGAGACGGGGUACAACUCUGACCAAGACAGUUUGAAUAGUGAGAAAUCUACAUCGACUGAUGUAAGUGGCAAACACCCGACAGAUAUCUUGAAGUAGAAAAUGUUGUCCAGAUCAACGUUCCUAUAAACAUGUGUUACUGGUUAUAUCAGUCAAUUAUAAAAAUUCUCGCGCAAUUAUUAAUAUAAUUACAUUUUGCAGCUAUUUUGCAAGUUAUAAAAUUUGUUUUAAAUUACGUUUGACUGUGAAAAGGUGAAAAUUUUAUUAGUAUCAAAUUUUAGGGCUUUAAAUGAUGUUACUCUUCCCACCACAAAUGGAUGAUCUGCAUUAAAGUGAUAACCUGUGUAGCAUGCAAUUAUCAGAAACUAUACCUAAUUUUGCUGCGAAUAAUCAGAAGGAAUAUGACGACAAUAAUUUAGAAAGUAAUUAGUGUGUAAAAUUAUUAUACUACAAGCAUUACAUUAUAUAUAGUUGGCUGAAGUCUGCUACAUUGAACAUGAAAUCGUAUCGCUCGAAUGCAUUGUGACUGUUGUUGGAAUGGCUGUAAUAAAAUAUGAAACACAAAACACACAACUACAUUGAUA